GGCGCUGGAGCAGUCUGAGCCCAGCUUCGGGUGGAAGAGGACUGUAUCUGGAGCCCCGAAGAGCGGCAGAAGAAAAGAGGCCAAAAAGACAGCAAGAGACCCGAUGAACAGCUCUGUCUGUGUGUGACAGGCAUCGCCAAUCUUGUUUGGGGGUGGGGGGGGGGAUUUUUUUUUUUUUUUUGAUGGCUUGUCCUGGAAACCCCUCAAGCUCGGCUCCUGUGUCCAGCUCGUUUCUCUGCUGGACUCCUUGAUUUUUUUUUUUAAAUCACUGUUUGAUUUUGAGCAGUAACCAGGCUUUUUUUUCCAGAUGUUAGUCCACACCUAUUCAUCCAUGGACCGGCACGAUGGCGUCCCGAGCCACAGUUCCAGGCUCUCACAGCUGGGCUCGGUGUCUCAAGGACCUUACUCCAGCGCCCCGCCGCUGUCCCACACCCCGUCGUCAGACUUCCAGCCGCCCUACUUCCCGCCUCCCUACCAGCCGCUCCCCUACCACCAGAGCCAGGACCCCUACUCCCACGUCAACGACCCCUACUCCCUGAACCCACUGCACCAGCCCCAGCAGCAUCCCUGGGGGCAACGGCAGCGGCAAGAAGUGGGUUCAGAAGCCGGCUCUCUCCUGCCCCAGCCUCGGGCCGCCUUGCCCCAGCUCUCGGGCCUCGACCCCCGGAGGGACUACCACUCGGUCCGCCGGCCAGACGUGCUGCUGCAUUCGGCGCACCACGGCCUGGACGCGGGCAUGGGUGACAGCCUCUCGCUGCACGGCCUCGGCCAUCCCGGAAUGGAAGACGUCCAGUCAGUUGAAGAUGCCAAUAACAGCGGCAUGAAUCUAUUGGACCAGUCUGUCAUAAAAAAAGUUCCGGUUCCUCCCAAAUCUGUGACUUCUCUGAUGAUGAAUAAAGAUGGCUUCCUGGGAGGCAUGUCCGUCAACACCGGCGAGGUAUUUUGCUCGGUCCCGGGCCGUUUGUCUCUGCUCAGUUCAACUUCAAAGUACAAAGUAACUGUGGGAGAAGUUCAGAGACGGCUUUCGCCCCCCGAAUGCCUCAAUGCGUCUCUCCUCGGCGGCGUCCUCAGAAGAGCCAAAUCGAAAAAUGGGGGGAGAUCUUUGCGAGAAAGGCUAGAAAAAAUCGGUUUGAAUUUACCCGCGGGCAGGCGCAAAGCAGCAAAUGUCACGUUACUCACCUCCCUGGUGGAAGGAGAAGCUGUUCACUUAGCUCGGGAUUUUGGGUAUAUUUGCGAAACAGAGUUUCCUGCUAAAGCUGUUUCUGAGUAUUUGAACCGGCAGCACACGGACCCCAGUGACCUGCACUCCCGAAAGAAUAUGCUGCUCGCUACAAAGCAACUUUGUAAAGAAUUUACGGAUCUGCUGGCGCAGGACCGGACGCCAAUCGGGAACAGCAGACCUAGCCCUAUCCUGGAGCCGGGGAUCCAGAGCUGCCUCACGCACUUCAGCCUCAUCACGCACGGCUUCGGAGCCCCGGCCAUUUGCGCCGCACUCACGGCCCUGCAGAACUAUCUCACCGAGGCGCUCAAAGGCAUGGACAAGAUGUUCUUGAACAACACCACCACUAACAGGCACACGUCUGGGGAAGGCCCAGCUUUGCCCGCAUGGUUUAUGAGCUUCUUCAAAGAGGACUUGGGCUUCCUACACAACCUAUAAGGUACAGAGAAAAAAAAAAAAAUCCGAUCCUUUUUUAAUCAAAGCCUGUGUGUCAGAAUUCUGCAGGUGCACUUCUUUAAAGAAGCUCAAAGGGAAUAAUUUAGAAAGUGGCCAAUAAGAAAUUGAAGCAGCUUUGAGUCUAGUUGCUAACAGAUACCUCAACACGGAAUUCCAGGGGAGGGGGGGAGCUGAAAAUGAAUUUUAGGGGAGAAAAGUGAGGAUUCGUGGAGUCCAAUAUUUUAGCAAUAUUGCCCUGCCUUUGAAAUAGAGUCCAUUUCCUUGGGCUCUUUGGUGAUUGCUGUUUUAGCGGGUAAGGAAGCAGCUUUUCGAGUGGUCCUGGGCAAGAGGGUGGUGCAAGCUUCCGUGUUUCAGCAACAAUUGUUUUCUACAAGAUGCUUUCUGAAUGAGGCAUCACCGCCCCCCCAAGACGUGCACUCGUUUUGGCAUAUGAUGGCAAAAUAAUGAAUGCAAAGUGAAAGGAGAUGUAUUUCAGCUUUGAAUUUUACCGUCUGUAUACCCUGGGACUAUUAUUCCCAGUGGAUAAAGUUUCAUGCAUUUACUGUGUCUCAUUCUGGCAGCCCAGCUCCUUUCUUGGGCUUCAUCUGGGCAUUAUCGUGAAAAUAAAUCUGGAACCUAUUGUCCCCACUCUCCCAAAAGCAGUGGGGAAAUCCACCCCCAGUAGUCUAAAUUUAGCGUUGAUACACGCACCUCUUUAUACAAAGUAGACCUUAGGACCUUUGCAACAUCCCUGGAAGUUAAAGAUCCAGAUGUCUGUUCUUCAGGAUUCACAGAAUCCUCUGGGACUCUCAGUUGUGCCGCCCCAAAGGGCUUUGGCCUGUGUGUGUGUGGGGGGGGGGGGGUAGGUUGGAGGAUUGGGCUUUAGGCACCUGCUGAGAGCUUUGCGCUGACACUUUCAUGGGGAAGGGAGUUAGGGAGCAGGUUUUAGGUCACCUGGAAGGUCCAAGCAACGGUUACUGUCACUCCCCAGCCCAACUACCGCU